GAUUUCUUUAAAAAAGAAAAAGUGUGGGCUAUAAAUAUAAUGAAUAAUAAAAUAGGACAACUCUGAACUCUUCUGUGGAAUUGUCGUAACAUUAUGGAGGUUAUUAGUGUUGUUUCUCAUUCUUUUUAAAAUUGCUAACUGAUUCAGAGAGCCAUUUCGCUGAUGAACAGUAUACGUAUAUUCUAAAUAAGUAAACCUAGUUAGUGCCAAUACCAACUUUUUUACUUGGCUUAUGAAUAUAAGCAAAAUGAACAAGUGAUUUUUUCCUGGCACAGAGGUGUUGCUUCUACUUAAUUUCUUCAUGUCUGUUUGCUGUUAAAGCUGUUAAACCAUUUUUCCAUUUUUUUAUUUUUUUAUUUUUUGCUUUUUUCCAUGGAAAUGUUUCAUUUCAAUAAAUUCAUUGUUUCAUAACAUGUAUUAGUGACAUAACAGAUGGGUACAAUAUUAGUACAAUUGGUUGGAUUCAACAUUUUUACAGGUGUCUAACCAUAGGAAAUAUGCAUGCAUAUAUAAAACAUAAAAUAAAGAUUUGUUUAUUCUUUUCAGUGCCUUCAUUUUCUACCUACCACUUAACUUAAACAAUUGGUUGUAUCCAGUAUUUGUCUUAUACUUCAUUCAUCUUCAUGGAUCUACUCUUAAGAUUUACAUGGGAUACAACCCAAUGUAAGGAAGUAUAUGCUAGUGAAAUGUCAUAGCUUUAAAAAAUUACAUGUAGUCCAGUAAAAAUAAUUUAUAAGUAAAGCUUUGUUUAAAUCUAAAAAUUAAACAACAUUUACUCUACAAUCCCAUACAUACUUUGUGGGAAAUAAUUUGUAUUGUGUCUAGUAACACUUCCAUAUAGUUAGAUUUUCAGGCCAAGUACAUUCAGUGAAUUUUUUUUUCUUGAAUCUUUGAGUUCAAAUAUUUUGGGCUAUUUGAAAAUGCUUUAUGGUAUAUUUCUAAUACAUAUAUAAUUAAAAUACUUUUUGGAUAUAUUGCUUAAAUCUAAUGCUAAGAUAGAUCCAAGUCAAUUUAGGGCAUUGGUUAUUUUCCAAAACUUUAUUAUAUUUUUUCCAGAUAGCCAUAUCAUUUGGCAGUAUCCUAUACUCCCCACUCAAUUUUCUGUGCAAGUGCAACCACUGUCACACAGCAGAAUACUAUGGUUCAAACAGCAGCCCAAGAAACAAGCAGAAACAUUUGUUUCUAGAUCAGGCUAAUAGACCUUUCUGCAAGCUCUGCUGACUUGCACUGUUACAGAAAAGAGCAUUUUACUGUUUUUGACUUGCUCUAAAACUAGUUGCCUUAGCACUAGCAGGAGGCAGGCAUAGAUACUGCCCAUUUUCACUUCGAUUAAAAAAAACAAACUGCAGCCUAAUCCCACUUGGAAAAAUAGGAAGACUUUGGAGUCACCAUAUGCAGUAGAACAGAGAGCAUGUUUCCUGUAUGUUUAAUAGCUGAGUAGAUAGGAGAAUGUCAGUAAGUAUACCUUUUCAUGUCAUAGUGAUACUGGGACAAGAACUCCAUCAGCUUCUGAAGUUCCCUCUCCUACACAGCUGUAAAAGUACAGAGGCACUGCUCUGUUUCAUAGUUCAUUCUAGGAGACAUCUUCGUAUAAGAAACUUUUCCAAACUGGACAGCAGUUCACAUGUCUGCUCAGGCCAAAGGGAAGGUGGUAGGCAGAAGUAUUUCUUCAUUUAGCCUAUUUUAAUUUUAUCUGAGGAAUGCUUUAUAUUUGUUUUAAUUCUGCAGUUGUUUACCCUUAGUCUUUAGUAUACAACAGCUUACACGUGUUAAAACACAAGGGUAGUACUCCUUCUAUCUCUUAAUAAGACACAAUAAAGUGUUAUAAGUGGGGAGGAAGAAAGCAAGCUUCAAUGUAAUUUUAUUCAUGACUACUCAGAAAUAACUCUCAUUGUGUUCAAUGGAUGUACUCUUGGGAGCAAGUAAACAGGAUUGUUGCCUCAGACAUCAGUUCUUAAAUUUCUAGCUGAGAUGUCCUUGAUAGAGAUUGCCACCCUUUUAAUUGUGCUCUUGUAUGAAAGAGCACCUUAUCUAUUUUCUUUUGCAAAAGCCAAGAUGAACUGUCGAUCAGAGGUGCUGGAGAUAUCAGUCGAGGGUCGCCAAAUUGAAGAGGCCAUGCUGGCUGUUUUGCACACCAUACUGCUCCAUCGUAGCACCGGAAAGUUCCAUUACAAGAAGGAAGGGACCUACUCCAUUGGGACUGUGGGCACACAAGAUGUUGACUGUGACUUCAUAGAUUUCACCUAUGUCAGAGUCACUUCAGAGGAGCUUGACCGGGCAUUGAGAAAAGCAGUUGGGGAAUUCAAGGAUGCACUGCGGAACUCUGGCAAUGAUGGGAUGGGCCAGAUCUCCCUGGAGUUCUACCAGAAGAAGAAAUCACGGUGGCCCUUCUCAGAUGAGUGCAUCCCCUGGGAGGUGUGGAUGGUCAAAGUGAAUGUGGUGAGCCUGGCUAAUGAACAGGAGCGGCAGAUCUGCCGUGAGAAAGUGGGCGAGAAACUCUGUGAAAAGAUCAUCAAUGUAGUGGAAGUGAUGAACCGACAUGAGUACCUGCCUAAGAUGCCCACCCAGUCUGAGGUGGACAAUGUUUUUGAUACAGGGCUACGGGAUGUGCAACCUUAUCUGUACAAGAUUUCUUACCAGAUUACUGACUCACUUGGGACCUCUGUCACUACCACCAUGCGGCGCCUCAUCAAAGACACCCUGGCACUCUGAUGCCAGGAGGCUGUGGACCUGACAUCCUUGGCAGGGAUCAUGAGCAAUGAGCUUCUGCCCUCCCUAAGCCCCAAAUCCAUGCAGGAGUCUUGACAUCCAGAUGCCCUGUCCUAAUUCAUUAACUCCCAGACCCCUCCAGGGCAAGAAUGGAACUAGCCUUGGAUACCUGUUCAAAAGGUUUUUGAACAGGUCUCAGCUUUUCUCCCUACAACAUAGAAUGGACACUAGGAGCCUUCCCUUAGUCCCCACUGCAAUUAGCAUUAGCUCCGUAGAUGAACUGCAGUAUGUUGCCCACAUGAUGACGUCAACCUAGGUGCUCUCAAUGUGCCCUAAAGCUGUAUGUAGACCAGAUGCCUUGACUUCUUAAUUGUGGUAUCUUUUGUAAAACCUGCCAAGGCUGGGGUUACUUCUCUUGGCAAGAUGGGUGCCUUCCUGAAAAUCUACUCCUUAUCCACAGCUGACUUCUGGCUUUAGAAUAAUUGACUCUGACUAUGAACCCCCUGUCCUUCUAUGCAUGACUUUGAGGACAAUAGCUUGUAAAGAGCUUAAUGCCCGUGUUUUUCUUGAGAGUGCUGGUUGCAUGAAGGAUCCAUUCCAGACUUCAUCAGUCACAGUACCUUUUUUUUGUUUAAGAAAGUGUGAAAGUCAGAAGUUUGCAUUUCUAGAGAUGAUAAAGAUCUUCCAUGUCUUGUAUAUGGUUUUUUUUCAUUAUAAUGUAAUGUAUCUAAAAUAAUAGGCUGAGAAUUAAAGAUAAAAAAGAAAAGGCAGAUCUCUGUUAUAACUUUAUACAGUAGAAAAGUAGCUUUCAGAAAGCACAUACUGAAGAAACUUUAGAAAUUUUACAAGUAACCAUGGAGCUCACACCAAGUACACUUGUAUGGGUUGUGCCCUCAGUGCUUGUAAGCCCCCGAACUUGGAGGCUCAUGAGCAUCCUAUGCAGGGCAGUAACAGCAGUGGAAGUAGCCCCUUACCCUGCAUUAUCACCCUUUUUUGCCCAUCUAGGAAAAGUGCAUGGGAAGGGGAGAGAAGGAGAGUGAGGAGGCCUCAGCAGAACUUAUAUUCUGGCCUGUCCGCUUUGUUCCCUUCGCACACACUCAAAUGUUCCCCUUUGCCUGUUUCUGAGGAAACUUUCCCAAGCUUGGUCACCAGCACAGUUCUUUUCAUGCCAGGUGCAAGGUGGGGUGGCCUUGAAACUUGAAUUUCACUGAGUGCUGAGGUCUGAGUGCUUUUGUUGACACUAAGAAUCUAAAAUAUUAAUCUGUGGUUCCUCAGACUCUGCUGAAGGGCCAUAUGAUUGCUCCUGCUGUGAUGUCAUGCUAGUCACUAUCACUCAGCCUAGCCUACUUUAUGCAGAUGUGAUAAAAAACAGGAGAAAACCAAUGUGCACCAUCCUGAGGUUCUUGAAAGGAAAAUGAAAUAUAGUUGCAAUAGACAAAUUCAUACAUGAUUAUAAUCCCCAGGGGAGACAUCACCAAACACAGGGAGAGUGGGAAGGAAACAGCACCUGUUCGGCACUAGAAUAAUCAACUUGCAAAUGUUAAGGUGCAGUCUGUCUUCUAUUACAGGUAAGAUGUACACACACACUCAAAUGUAUCAUCAGGAAGGAUCCUGCUAGCAAAUGCUUGUGAAUUCAUCUAGCAGCCUGUUUGGCGCCAUCGUUCAGAAAACUUACUGAAUCCCUUACUUAAUGGGUUCAAAACUUUCAUUCUGGCUUUUAAGAUAGUGUGCUGUGCUUGCAGUUAAAGUACACCCUAAAGAAUUAAGACACAUUUGGUUACCAACUAUUUGCUCAAAGUCAAUUUUGUUUGAAUCUUGGUAAGAUAUAUGGACUGCUUAUAUAUAUAUUUGAAAUAAAAAUGAAUUUUCUUUAUUAA